AUGUCUUCCACAACCACGAUGACAGAAGAAGCGCCUGCCGAGGUAUCUAUUAUCGCCGAGAACAGCGCCGAAAUCCUCACUCUGGACGAAUUGAUCAGGCGACGCGCAUCUGAGCUGCGAGGUUCAACAAUCUUUGGGUAUCCAAAAGAAGGUCUAUUAGAUUACGAAGAGCACUCGGCCCAAGCUGUGGACAGAUACGUGGAUGCCGCAGCAGCCGUCCUGCAGAAAAGAGGACUCAAACCAGUCGAUUCAACCCUUGAGAAAGCUCCUGUCGUCGGCAUCCUCGCGCAUUCGAGUCUGCAUUUCAUCAUCACACUCCUGGGUCUAAGUAGACUGGGUUAUGCCAGCCUCUUACUCUCGACUCGACUUGCAAGCCCGGCGAUACUCCGCUUGUUGGAGCUAGCAGAAUGCGAUACCAUCUUGACCACAUCAACCUUCCACCCGGUGUUGGCAGAGGUACAGGCUGAACGCAAAGUAACUCUGUUGGAAUCUUUGGGACGAGAAGACUACUAUGGAGUGGACGCACCCGUAUUCUCCCGGGCUUACGAUCCGGAAACAGAGAACCCCAAGGUUGCUGUGAUUAUUCAUUCCUCAGGAUCCACCGGCCUACCAAAGCCGAUCUAUCUCACAAAUCGCAGCUGCAUCGCCGCUUUCUCGGCAAACUUGGACAGAAGAGCGUUGAUGACACAGCCUCUCUUCCACAGUUUUGGCUUCUACGAGACAUUCAGGUCGAUGUACUCUGGAAAGCCUAUGUAUUACGUGAAUUAUUCGUUGCCCAUCACCAAGCAAAACUUGACCGCAAUCAUCGGCCAUGUCAAGCCGGACCUGUUCUUCGCCGUCCCAUAUGUUCUGAAACUGUUGGGGGAGUCGGAAGAGGGCAUUCGGGCUCUCGCUAAUAUUGAUAUCGUCAUGUAUGGUGGCAGUGCCUGUCCAGACGACCUUGGUGACAUGCUCGUCAAGAACGGGGUAAACCUGGUGGCAAACUAUGGCGCAACGGAGACCAGCAGGCUGAUGACAUCUGUCCGGCCAGCAGGGGACCUAGCAUGGAACUACCUUCGCAUUCUACCGAAAGUGAAGCAGUAUGUAUUGAUGGACGAGCUCGCACCAGGAAUCCACGAGUGUGUCGCACUCGAUGGGUUGAAGUCGAAGAGCACCAUCAACUCAGAUGACCCCCCAAGAUCAUUCCGCACAAAGGACCUGUUCAUGCGCCAUCCAGACAACCCAGACUUCUGGAAGUUUGUCUCAAGACUGGACGACAGACUGACACUGGUGAACGGCGAAAAGGUCCUUCCCAUACCCAUCGAAGGCCGUAUACGCCAAGAAGGCCUCGUCAAGGAAGCAGUUGUUUUUGGCGAUGCAAAGACUGUUCCUGGCCUUCUGAUAGUCAAGGCCGACAACGCAGCAGACAUGUCUGACGAAGAAUUCUUGCAAGCAAUCUGGCCAGCUGUCGAGGACGCUAAUGCUCGCGCUGAGAGCUUCUCCCGCGUCCCACAAGAGCUGGUUGUUGUGCUUCCCGCCGCAACUAUCUACGCUUGCACAGACAAGGGUACUUUCAUUCGUGCCCAAGUGUACGAGCAGUUCAAAGAACAGAUCAACACCGCAUACACAAAUUUCGAAAGCGAUGCUGAUGAAGGUGGCACAAUAGCUCUGCCACUGCCUGAGCUCGAACAGCAUCUACUUCAGAGAUUCCGCGAACAUCUUGGUGUUGAGCUGCCGUCGACAGAGACUGACUUCUUCGCUUACGGCGUCGACAGCUUACAGGGCAUGAAGAUGUGGAGCUUGAUGAAGAAGGAGCUUGAUCUCGGUGGCAGGCAAUCCCAAGUAGGGCAGAAUGUUCUCUACGAAACAGGGAAUAUCGCAGCGCUCGCCCGCUUCUUGGACGGACUGCGCACUGGAAACGAAGAGGCGGCGCAAGAUCAGCAACAAGUGAUGCGUGAUCUGAUCGCCAAGCACUCUUCUUUCAAGAAGUUUGAGAGGGAGAAGUCGAAGGAGGUAGUGGUCUUGACCGGUGCUACUGGAGGACUGGGUGCACACCUUCUCGCACAACUAGUACGAGAUCCCAACGUGUCAACAGUAUGGGCAUUAGUCCGCGCAUCAUCCGACCACGCCGCGCUGGAAAGAACGCUGAAAAGCCUCUCAUCCCGCGAUCUCUACCUCACCGCCGAAGAGUCCCGCAAAGUCAUCGCCGUGCCCUCUGAUCUCAGCAAGCCGGACUUUGGCCUCGGGCCCUCGCGCCUCGAGGACCUGCGAUCGAGUCUCACCCUAGUCAUCCACAGUGCCUGGGCCGUCAACUUCAACAUCUCAGUCUCGAGCUUCGAAGACCAACACAUCAAAGCCAUUCCCAACUUCAUCAACCUCUGCCAGUCCACCACCCACGGCUCGCCCGCCCGCUUCUUCUUCUGCUCCUCCGUCUCCUCUGCCGCCGCCACACCGCGCCCGGGCUCCGUCCCCGAAACCCCCGUCAAGGACAUCGCACACGUCCAGGGAACAGGGUACGCGCGCUCCAAGUUCGUCGCCGAGCACAUCGUGCGCAACGCAGCCCACGACGCGGGCGCCAGCGCACGCGUCCUGCGCAUCGGCCAGCUCAUCGGCGACAGCAAAGCCGGCGAGUGGAACACCACCGAGGGCAUCCCGCUGAUGAUUCAAACGGCCGAGACGCUCGGCGCGCUGCCCGCCCUCGACGAGGAAAUGUCCUGGCUGCCCGUCGACUACGCCGCCUCUAUCAUCCGCGAUGUGUGCGCUGCCGGCAAUGCAAACCCAGAUCUCGUCUACCACGUCCUGAACCCCACGCGCUUCCACUGGACGCGCGAUAUGCUGCCUGCGCUUGCCGCGGCGGGCUUGCAGUUCAAGACGCUGCCGACGGAUCAGUGGAUGGAUCGGCUGCGCAAUUCGGAUAGAGACCCCAAGACGAAUCCGCCGAUUAAGCUGCUCGAUUGGUUUGAGAGUAAGUAUGGGCCCAAGGCGUCGACGGUGAAGAAGGGCGCGUUGGAGUACGAGACGACGGAGACGAGGAAGGAUAGCGAGACGAUAGGGAGCGUACCUGAUGUUACGGAUAAGGCGUAUGUGAAGAUGGUUGUUGAGCGGCUGAGGAGGCAUUGGGAUGCGUGAGCGUUUCUUACAUGUUUACUACCUACUAGGACUUGAGAGUCGCUGAAUAGAGCUGCGCGUAUCGAUAGAUUCACUCGUCACUGUAGAUCGAGUGGAAUGGUAUAGAUGGCAGAUACCAGCAAUGGUACCGUUUCACGAAUAGAUUCUCGUCACG